AUGGCUGCCCGCCAACAGAAAGGCAGUGCAGUGCUGGAAAGUUCAGCAGAGGGGAAGAGAACGGAACUCAGGGCUAAUGAAGUACUGAAGAAAUGCUGUAAGUACUAGUGUCUUGUCUGCCUGCCUCAUAUGCUCCAGUCUAUUCUGGUCCCUUUCCUGUAUUAACCCAAUUAGGUUAAAUGUCAACCUGAUCUUUGGGUAUUCAUUGCAAGCUGCUGCAUAACCAAUGUGAGCUAUGUUCCUAACGACACAAGGCAAUUACAUUGAUUACAUGGAAUUGAAUUGGGCUGUGCAGAAUCUGACAUUUAGAAAUGAACACAAAAUGCAAUUUUUUACCAAGUAAUCAGCCCUAUUUUUUUGCCUCGCUGGCUUGUCACUUGGACAAACGUCCCCUUCCUCCCCUGUCAUGCAAUGUGAAACUAGGCAUCUCUUGUCUCCCUACCUGCAUACAACAUGUGAAAGGUGCUCUGAUAGUUUACCUUAGGCAUAGAGCCUUUCUUCACACUUCUGUUCAAACUAGAUUAGAUGUGAUGUGUGCAGUCAUCAGUGCAUGUGUUUUUGCGAUCACCCCCAGUGAAAUAAAUCUAGCAUUAAAGGCACAGUGCAGUCAACUAGAUUUCCGGGUGUCUUUAUAUAUAUAUUUCCACACUAUGAGGUUAGAAUAAUACUGUGAAAUUGUGAAAAUGAUGAUAAUGCCCUUUUAGUUUAAGAGCUGUUUGAAAAUACCACCUAAAACUUCUUCCUGUUUUGGUGGGAUGGAGUUUCAGCCUUCCAUGUUGACAUCACCAUGUGGAAAAUUAGUUAAAUACCAAUAAGAAAGAGUUCCAUACUCUGCCAAUAACAGCUAAUUGUCAGUUUUCCCCUCCCCAUUCAGACCACGCAGACAGUCCUAGCAAAAUUCUUGCUCGAGAAAUUGCCCUAAGAUGCUAUUUUUGUUUAUUUUUGACCAUUUUAAUUGAAAACAAUCACAGUAAGGUACUUAAUUGUUACCCAGAAAUGAUUUGAUAUUGAGAUAAAAGCUGCUGCAUUGGACCUUUAACUAGCCAGUCCAGUCCACUCUGAGGAAUCUGUAAUUAGGAACUGGAGAUGGUUCCAAGAUAUCCCAAACACACUCAUACCUCAUACUCGCAUUCACACACACAAAUCUGUUGCGGUUGGCUGCUUGCUAACCACUGAAUUUUUAAGCCACAGGGCUGGUUUAAGGAAUGUGUAGCAUGCAAAUGUAAUGCCUGGUCUUGUUAAGCAUAGCAAGGGUUUGUGUGCAAAGGACUGAGGAUUGGUGUUGGUGGUUUUUAAAAUCUAUCUGCAUUAACAGACCAAAGGAGAGAGAGAGAGACACACACUAACAAUAACAUUCUUCAGAACACCAUGCUUAAUUUGUAAAUUUCUGGUCAAAGACUUAACAGUGUCUGUGGACAGUCAGUUGCUAAGCAGCUGCUGUUUGAAAAACAUUAACCACUGCUAGUGAGAAGAUCUGGAUGAAAAAAGAAACCCAAAGGAAUAAUUGAAAAUAGAUCAACUCUCUAAACAUAUUGGCCUUUUUUUUUUUACAAUGAUAAAAUAUAAUGGAGUUACUGUGCCAUGGUAAAAUACUUAGCCUACGUUCUAUUGACAUUUCAAAGUAAGUUGUUUGGUUGGGAUUUAUGUUUCUCUGUCUGUGUGAACAGCAUGGGCCUCUUACAUGACCAACUCCCCCACUGUGAUUGUGAUGAUUGGUCUUCCUGCCAGAGGGAAAACCUACAUGUCCAAAAAGCUGACCCGCUACCUCAACUGGAUAGGAGUGCCAACCAAGGGUUAGUAUAAAGGCCUCACUCUAUGUACUAUACUGUAUUUUCAUUCAAUAUUUUUCCAGACCUGCCCAACCGGAAGAUAAACAUUGAAGCCACACUUUCCUCAUUAUUCAUGUUACUGUAUUCAAUACAAACAUAAUCCUCUAUACGAUGUGUAAAUUAAUUCCUUUGUGUGGACUACCAAUCAAAGGGCUCUUUUGUGUAGAUAUAUUUACAGUAUAGUGAAUGAUGUAAUUGAACUGCGAUGCUGCAGAACCCAUGUCUUCCUUCCACAGUUCAGGAAAAUGUCACAUGACAUUGUACUGAUUACAAGAACAUGUUGUGCCUUUCAUCACCUGAUGAAGGCCCUGUAUUGUGUUGCAGUAUUCAACCUGGGGGUCUACAGGCGAGAGGCUGUGAAAGCCUACAAGUCCUAUGACUUCUUCAGACAUGACAACGAGGAGGCCAUGGAAAUCAGGAAGUAUAGUAUUUUUGGACCUGUGGCAGAAGAAUUAGGUUCCUUUGAGUUGUUCAGUAUUACAGUAACCCUUUUUUUUUCUAGAAUAUGCCCUCCAUGUUUUCUCCAGCUCCAGGCAGGUGUUAUCUGUAUUGAAAACCUUGCUGAGGUUUAUAAGGCCCCCUACUGGAUUGAGACAAUUAAUGUAAUUACUUUUUUAGUGAGGAUCUCAAUGGUAGUGAGUCACCUGGCCGCCCGCCAUUUUCCUUUCUCUCAGUUUAAUGCUAGCUGCUAGACCAACAGGUAUGAUACUUGUUAUAAGCGUUAUAUGAACCCUAUAAUGUAUUAUUAUAAGGCUUGUAAUAUAUUGCGUAUUUCUAUGCUAUAAUUCUUCAACAGAUUGAACAUAAAUGUUACUAAGACAUAAUGGGGUCAUCAUACAUGGUCUUACAAUGCAUUAUAGCAACAUAAUGCAUUAUAUCUGUCGGUUUUAAGUGAAGUGUUACUGAUUUUUCAUUUCAAUUGUUAUUGAUGUGGGUCACUGUGUCCCUACAGGCAGUGUGCUCUGGUGGCUCUGCAGGAUGUCAAAGCUUAUCUGACUGAAGAGGGGGGCCAGAUCGCUGUGAGUAUCUACUCUCUCUGCUGUUUUGAGUAAUUGGAGACAAAAUAGUAAUAUUAAACUGAAAAGACAAGCUUAAUUUGAGAUAUCAGUGAGAUGUGAUUAUGUCUUUCAGGUCUUUGAUGCCACAAACACCACCCGAGAGAGGAGAGAAUUAAUCCUUAGUUUUGCAAAGGAACAUGCUUACAAGGUCAGUGUUAUUAUUAUUAUUCCCAAUUAUUGUUGUCAAAAUGGUUUAGUGAAGUGUAUCUUCAAAGAUUGGUCUCUUUCGCAGGUGUUUUUUGUGGAGUCAUUGUGUGACGACCCUGAUGUCAUUGCUGCUAAUAUUAUGGUAAAUUAACUUGCAUGUUUAAAAACGUAACUACAUUAUGAGUUUUAUUUCUCAUUAAAACAUUCUAUAGUAAUCUUCUUAAGGAUUUCCACACUUUAAGUCUUGUGCACCUCCCUCUCCUCCCCAGGAUGUGAAGGUGUCCAGUCCAGACUACCCAGAAAGAGACAGAGAGAGUGUGAUGGAGGACUUCCUGAAGAGAAUAGAAUGUUAUAAAGUCAUGUACCAACCAUUAGACCCUGAUGAACACGACAAGUAAGACGUUCUCUAUUUUAAAUGGUUAAUACUGCAUUAUGUACACUACCGUUCAAAAGUUUGCCUCUUCCAUUUUUGUGGCAGAGCUGCGAAGAGUUGGUUAUACUUUUGUAUUGAGUAUACAUCUCCAUAAACCUUUGUUCAUUGCUUGUGUGACAAUUUUACCGUCCUUACUUACAAUUUAGAAACAUACCAUCCUUAUACAUUUCUUCCUAGAAAAUUGGUCUUUCCUCUAAAUACGUUGGAGUUUAGCCAUAUUAUUUGCUGUAAUAUUUGUUCUGCCUCUUCUGGAGGAUGAAAUUGGAAUUGUAACCAACUCUGUAUGACUUCAUCUAAAAAGGACAAUACUUUAAACAGGGAUCCAUUGUCAAUCCUCCGGAAAUGGUUGGUUUUAAUAUGUUUAACAGCAAAAAGCCCCCAUUUGAACAUUGGAUGUGCCUCUUAGUAGCGUGCUGGAAAACCAGUUUGGCUUUAGAUAUAAUUUCGGUAUAAUGGAGGCUUUAAGAGGGAGGUUUAAUGCCUUUAAUAUUUAAUCGUUUUAACCCUUCAAACUCAUGUUCACUAUAUACAUAUGCCCAUUUAACUUUAUCUGUUUUGCAAUUCCAAAUAAAAUGAGAUAUAUUUUUCUUGCCUGAUUUGAAAAAGGAUUCUUCUGAAGUCGGUAGAGCCAUGAAUAAAUAUGGAAACUGCGAUAUCACUAGAGAAUUAAUAAGAGUAAUUUUCCCGUAGAUGGACAGGUGUUUCCCUCUCCACAGUUUCAAGAUCCUAUCUAUUUUGCAAAGUUUUCUAUCAAAGUUAAUAGUUGCAAAAUCGCUCAACUUUUCCGGGAUAUGUAUACCAAGCACAUCCACUUCACCAUCCAUCCAUUUAAUCGGGAGACCACAUGGCAAUGUUAAAGUUUAUAUCUUUAAGAGACCCAAUCCGUAAUAUAAUACACUUAUCAUAGUUGGGUUUUAGUCCAAAGAAACAGAAUACAUUAUCCAGGUCCUCAAUAAGGCCCUUCAAGGUUGAAGAUUAAGGACUCAAGAGAGAACUUUAAUCACCGGCUUGCAUUGAUACUUUUGUCUCUAAUGCAUAAUCUUUUGCCCCGUAAUGUUAUCAUUAAAUCAGAUUUUUAUAGCUAACUGUUCAAUGGCCAUAAUAAAUAAGUAUGGUGACAGAGGGCAACCUUGUUUUAUGCCUCUUGACAAUUCAAGGUUCUCAGAGAAGUAACCGUUAUUUAUUAUUUUACAUAAAUUAUUGUUGUACAUGACUGUUACCCAUCUUAUACAAUCCAGGCACUUAUAAACAGAUUCAAAAUCUGCUCUAAAGAGUAUACCUGGUUUCCCUGCAUUCUCAUAGUUUUCAAUUAUUUCUAGUAGUUGUCUAAUGUUGUCUCUAAUAUAUCUUCCUUUUAAGAAUCCCGUCUGAUCGUGAUGAGUAAUGUCUGGUAGGACCUUUUUUAAUUCUAUGAGCAAUACAUUUUGCCAAUAUUUUUCCCGACGAAACAUUGAAGGGUGAGGGGCCUCCAAUUUUUUUAGAGACAGGGUCUUCAGUAGGAGAGAGAUCAGUCCCUCUUUUUGUGUGUCCGACAAUUUGCCAUUUAUAUAACAGUAAUUUAAACAUGAUAGUAAUGGAUCUUUCAGUAGUUCAAAAAAGUUUGAUAUAUCUCUAUUGGAAUGCCAUCGAGGCCAGGGGUUUUCCCCGUCUGAAAGGAAUCAAUUGCCAACCAUAGUUCGUCCUGUGUAAUUAUUUUUAUUAUUUUUUUUAUUUCACCUUUAUUUAACCAGGUAAGCCAGUUGAGAACAGGUUCUCAUUUACAACUGCGACCUGGCCAAGAUAAAGCAAAGUAGUGCAAUAAAAACAACACAGAGUUACAUAUGGGGUAAAAAACAUAAAGUCAGAAAUACAACAGAAAAUAUAUAUACAGUGUGUGCAAAUGUAGCAAGUUAUGGAGGUAAGGCAAUAAAUAGGCUAUAGUGCAGAAUAAUUACAAUAGUAUUAACACUGGAAUGCUAGAUGUGCAAGAGAUUAUGUGCAAAUAGAGAUACUGGGGUGCAAAAGAGCAAAAUAAAUAACAAUAUAGGGAUGAGGUAGUUGGGUGGGCUAAUUUCAGAUGGGCUGUGUACAGGUGCAGUGAUCGGUAAGGUGCUCUGACAACUGAUGCCUAAAGUUACUGAGGGAGAUAAGAGUCUCCAGCUUCAGAGAUUUUUGCAAUAUUAGGCCUUCACAAUAUUUGUUUUCUGUCACAGAUAGUUUAAUAUGAUUUUUUGGGAGAAGGAUAUCACAAAACUCAUCGUCAAGUGAGGUUGGAGGUAUAGUGAGGGAAAAAAGUAUUUGAUCCCCUGCUGAUUUUGUACGUUUGCCCACUGACAAAGAAAUGAUCAGUCUAUAAUUUUAAUGGUAGGUUUAUUUGAACAGUGAGAGACAGAAUAACAACAACAAAAUCCAGAAAAACGCAUGUCAAAAAUGUUAUAAAUUGAUUUGCAUUUUAAUGAGGGAAAUAAGUAUUUAACCCCCUCUCAAUCAGAAAUAUUUCUGGCUCCCAGGUGUCUUUUAUACAGGUAACAAGCUGAGAUUAGGAGCACACUCUUAAAGGGAGUGCUCCUAAUCUCAGUUUGUUACCUGUAUAAAAGACACCUGUCCACAGAAGCAAUCAAUCAAUCAGAUUCCAAACUCUCCACCAUGGCCAAGACCAAAGAGCUCUCCAAGGAUGUCAGAGACAAGAUUGUAGACCUACACAAGGCUGGAAUAGGCUACAAGACCAUCGCCAAGCAGCUUGGUGAGAAGGUGACAACACAGAAAUAGAAACACAAAAUAACUGUCAAUCUCCCUCGGCCUGGGGCUCCAUGCAAGAUCUCACCUCGUGGAGUUGCAAUGAUCAUGAGAACGGUGAGGAAUCAGCCCAGAACUACACGGGAGGAUCUUGUCAAUUAUCUCAAGGCAGCUGGGACCAUAGUCACCAAGAAAACAAUUGGUAACACACUACGCCGUGAAGGACUGAAAUCCUGCAGCGCCCGCAAGGUCCCCCUGCUCAAGAAAGCACAUGUACAGGUCCGUCUGAAGUUUGCCAAUGAACAUCUGAAUGAUUCAGAGGAGAACUGGGUGAAAGUGUUGUGGUCAGAUGAGACCAAAAUCGAGCUCUUUGGCAUCAACUCAACUCGCCGUGUUUGGAGGAGGAGGAAUGCUGCCAAUGACCCCAAGAACACCAUCCCCACCGUCAAACAUGGAGGUGGAAACAUUAUACUUUGGGGGUGUUUUUCUGCUAAGGGGACAGGACAACUUCACCGCAUCAAAGGGACGAUGGACGGGGCCAUGUACCGUCAAAUCUUGGGUGAGAACCUCCUUCCCUCAGCCAGGGCAUUGAAAAUGGGUCGUGGAUUGGUAUUCCAGCAUGACAAUGACCCAAAACACACGGCCAAGGCAACAAAGGAGUGGCUCAAGAAGAAGCACAUUAAGGUCCUGGAGUGGCCUAGCCAGUCUCCAGACCUUAAUCCCAUAGAAAAUAUGUGGAGGGAGCUGAAGGUUCGAGUUGCCAAACGUCAGCCUCGAAACCUUAAUGACUUGGAGAAGAUCUGCAAAGAGGAGUGGGACAAAAUCCCUCUUGAGAUGUGUGCAAACCUGGUGGCCAACUACAAGAAACGUCUGACCUCUGUGAUUGCCAACAAGGGUUUUGCCACCAAGUACUAAGUCAUGUUUUGCAGAGGGGUCAAAUACUUAUUUCCGUCAUUAAAAUGCAAAUCAAUUUAUAACAUUUUUGACAUGCGUUUUUCUGGAUUUUGUUGUUGUUAUUCUGUCUCUCACUGUUCAAAUAAACCUACCAUUAAAAUUAUAGACUGAUCAUGUCUUUGUCAGUGGGCAAACGUACAAAAUCAGCUGGGGAUCAAAUACUUUUUUCCCUCACUGUACCAACUCUGGGGUCAAUUUGACUAAUGGUUUGAAAUAUUGUGAAAUAUUUUCAGCGUUAGUGUAUUUGUAUAUUGCGGUCAUCUUUGAAUUCUGGUACAUUAUUUUGUUGAAAUCUGUUUGUUUAAAUUAUCUAAAUCUCAGUUGGUACACUCCACAAUACUUCAAUACACUCUCACAGCUGUAAUAUGCAGACUGCGCAAGCAGCAGAACUUUUCACUACAUUCAGAUCACAUAAUAGGGCAACUGUGAAUAUACAGAUAUACUAAUCACGGUAUUUCACAUUAUUCGUCUGCAUAAUUUAAACCCAACAUUCAUUUGCAUGAGACAAAGUUCACUUGAUCAGUAGAUAUUGCUCUAGUAUCCUAUGGUGCCAAUGAUGUGUGGUCCUCUGUAGCUCAAUUGGUAGAGCACGGCGCUUGUAACGCCAGGGUAGUGGGUUCGAUCCCCGUGACCACCCAUACGUAAAAAUGUAUGCGCACAUGACUGUAAGUCGCUUUGGAUAACAGCAUCUGCUAAAUGGCAUAUUAUAGUGCCACCAACUAGUUUGGUGCAACAAUCAGGGUUAAAGUGACUUUAUAUUCACACAGCUUGAACUGAACCGAUGGCCCCAUGUCCAUCGGUUCAGUUCUUAUAGCCCUGGUGUGAUAUGGUGCCAUCUAGUGCUGUAGCGUGGCCGACUUUGAAUGCAGCAACUAAUCAUUCUCAAAUUCAUUAGAGGCUAAUUUAUUGAGUCUAUACAGUAUACCAAAUCUGGAGUCAAUCUGAUUUAUGGUUCAUGAGAAGGAGAUUUCUUAAGUAUUUCUUGCGUUAGCAUAUGUGCUAACGUGCAUCUAUAAGUACAGUGCGGCCAUAUUUGAAUGCAGCCACAAUUAUUUCGUAAAACCAUUAAAUACUAAUGUAAUGAGUCUAAAUACAAAAUCUGGAGUGAAUCUGACAUGGUUCAUGAGGAGCAGAUGAUUUUGAGCAUUAACGUUACAUAUGCAAAGAAUUAGUUGUUAAUAGUUUCCUCUUUUUAUAUAUAUAUAUAUAUAUAUAUAUAUAUCAAAUUCAGUGUGGUUCGUCUUAGAGACGUCAAAGAUAGGCUUCCAGUUGAAGCUCGCAUCCGUUACAAGACCAUGAUGCUUGCCUAUGGAGCAGUGAGGGGAACGGCACCUCUGUACCUUCGGGCUCUGAUCAGUCCCUACACCCAAACGAGGGCAUUGCGUUCAUCCACCUCUGGCCUGCUGGCUCCCCUUCCUCUGCGGAAGCAUAGUUCCCGCUCAGCCCAGUCAAAACUGUUCGCUGCUCUGGCACCCCAAUGGUGGAACAAGCUCCCUCACGACGCCAGGACAGCGGAGUCACUCACCACCUUCCGGAGACAUUUGAAACCCCACCUCUUUAAGGAAUACCUGGGAUAGGAUAAAGUAAUCCUUCUACCCCAACCCCCCAAAAAAAAAAUGGUAAAGUGGUUAUCCCACUGGCUAUAGGGUGAAUGCACCAAUUUGUGAGUCGCUCUGGAUAAGAGCGUCUGCUAAAUGACGUAAAUGUGCCCUUGAGCAAGGCACUUAACCCUAAUUGCUCCUGUAAGUCGCUCUGGAUAAGAGCGUCUGCUAAAUGACUAAAAUGUAAAUGUAAAUGUAAUAGUGAUGACACAUUUUAAGUUGAUAGGCCACUGUGGAGUGGAUUUACAGUGGUUGAAAUGGACAUAUAAAAUCCGAUUUUUGAUUUCUCAAAAACUCAGCCAUCUUUUGACCAAUCUCUUAGCUUUUCUCAAACUUUUAGUCCAUGAGAAGAUUGUUUGUGUGAUUAUAUUAAGCAUUAGCGUUACAUAGUCAAAAACGUGAAUUGUUAAUAGUUUAUUUUCUUUUAAAGAUAUCAAUGCCAAAAUUAAUAUGGUUCAUCAUUGUAAUGUCUUUGAUGAUCCUAAAAAGUUGAUAGGCUAUUGUGGAGUGGAUUUACAAAGGAUUUAAAUAGGCACGUAAAAUAUUCCAAUUGUCAGACUUGGUUGCUCCCGGGAAGUGUGAAAACGUACGUAGUACUCAGAAGUCUUUACCAAGUUAGCUAGCUUGCUAGCUAUCUUCAGAUAGCUAUCUAAUCUUUUACCAGGCAGAGAAAUUCAUGGUAGCUAUAACAUUAUUACAAUGUACCCAUAGCUGCGGGAAGUAGGGGUGUUGAGGGUGCUGCUGCACCCCGUGAUAAAUCACCAAUAAAAAAUUAUUCAUAUAUUAAAAAACCUUUUUGAGAAAAUGGUGUUUUUCCACUAAAUUAGUGCACUAGGCGUUUGACUCCUAUAUGAGCUGAGAAAAAUACUUGCCAACAGAGCAGGGAGAAAUCAGCCUAUACUCUCUUUAGAGAGGAUGUUGAUGGACUACGUCAUUCUAGCGACUACCCAUGAGAGCGGGGGUUUCUGGGGAAUUGUGUUCAAAUCUAGAUUAUUUUUUUCAUUCUUGCCACAGGGGUCUCUAAAAACACCAGUACAUACAAAGUUCCACAGUGUAGCUUUAAUUUAUACAUUUUGUCAGUCAAGCCAUUUGUAUUUACAAACCUUCAUCAAGAGUUCCAUAGUUUGUCCAGUAGGUGGAGACAACACACAAGGUUGACAAAGGUGUUUUUUCAGAUUAUGGCCUGCUUUGUCACCACAUUGACUCCUCGUCCUAACAUCAUUGGUCUGAUUUCCAAUUCUAAAUCUCCUGACAGAAAAUGUUUCUGCUUCAUUGGUAAUUAUUCCUAAUUCACCAUAGUAUUAUUAGAUAUAGACCCUCGUAUGAUAAGCCUUAUAAAACAACACAAUGAUUUUGUACCGAAGUUAAUCUUCAAGAAAUGUACAAAAUACAAUUUUAUCCUGAGCCUGAGCUCUCCUCAAGCCUGGGCCUCCAAGUCAUAACAUCAGUAAAUUCCUCUGGACAUUGUCCCAGUUAGAGAAGAGGAACAGUUGCUUCACCUCUUACUGGGCCAGCCAGGGCCUUGCGAAAGCCUUUGUUUUCAGCAGUUCGGGCCAUUUAAUACAUACAGAUAGCAGGCACUGAAUAGCUACUGUAUAUUCUACACAGAGAAAUGUGUUAAUAUUUGAGAGAAGCUAAUUUUAUUAUUAAAAGUUAUUGUCAAUUUCUUUGAUUUCUCCGAACUAUUGUAUUGAGAAUACAUUUUGCUAAUGAGUAGAUCUUCAUGAUGAUCAUUAUUAGCGUCAUUAGCAAUCAGUCUGCAUAGGAUCAAGAUGCUAUCAGGUCACUGAUAAAUUCCAUCUUGACCUCCAUUCUAACCUCUGACCCUUAGGGACCUGUCCUUCAUCCAGGUCAUCAAUGUGGGCCGGAGCUUCCUGGUAAACAGGGUGCAGGACUACAUCCAGAGCAAGAUCGUGUACUACCUGAUGAACAUCCACGUGCACUCUCACUCUAUCUACCUGUGUCGGCACGGAGAGAGCGACCACAACAUGAAGGGACGCAUCGGGGGUGACGCAAUGCUGUCUGUUCAAGGGAAAAAGGUAUAGAUCGACUUUUCCUUUAGUAUAUCAUUACAAGUACAGAAACCAUUGUGCCACUUCAUGCUAUGUUGCUCUAUGUUCUAUAUAUAUAUUCAUCUUGCACACUCAAUAACUGUAUGACUUCAUCUCACUUACAUACUGUCUACAAAUAAACCUACAAUGCCGAUUCUAAUCCUCUCUCAGUUUGCUGGAGCGCUGAAGGGUUUUGUGGAGGAGCAUGGUCUGCCAGACCUAAAGGUGUGGACCAGCCAGCUGAGACGGACUAUCCAGACUGCGGAGGAGCUCGGGGUGCCCUACGAGCAGUGGAAGAUACUCAACGAGAUCGAUGCCGUCAGUACCACAACACCACGGUUCAAUAGUGACCCAUAGACGAAACAUGGUAGGGGUUAAAUUUUUUAAUAAUGAUUGUCUAUAAAUAAACGUAUUUAUGUUUCUCAGGGUGUUUGUGAGGAGAUGACCUAUGAGAUGAUUGAGGAAUUCUACCCUGCGGAGUUUGCCUUAAGAGAGCAGGACAAGUACCACUACCGCUACCCAGGAGGAGAGGUACAGUUACUCCUUAUCUCUCUACAGAGAUCUGUCGCAUUCAUCUGAAGCAGUGAGCUCAGUUUGUUCCUCUCCUCUCUCUGUAGUCCUACCAGGACCUGGUGCAGAGGUUAGAGCCGGUCAUCAUGGAGCUGGAAAGACAGGGCAACGUGCUGGUCAUCUGUCACCAGGCUGUCAUGCGCUGCCUGCUCGCUUACUUCCUGGAUAAGAGUGCUGGUACAAACACACAAACUCACUUACAGUGCCUUCGGAAAGUAUUCAGACCCCUUGACUUUUUCCACAUUUUGUUACGUUAUAGCCUUAUUCUAAAAUUGAUUAAAUAAUUAUUUUUCCUCAGCAAACCCCAUAAUGACAAAGCGAAAACAGGUUUUUAGAUAAUUUAGAUAAACAGAAAUACCUUACUUACAUAAGUAUUCAGACCAUGCUAUGAGACUCGAAAUUGAGCUCAGGUGCAUCCUGUUUCCAUUGAUCAUCCUUGAGAUGUUUCUACAACUUGAUUGGAGACCACCUGUGGUAAAUUCAAUUGAUUGGACAUGAUUUGGAAAGGCACACACCUUUCUAUAUAAGGUCCCACAGUUGACAGUGCAUGUCAGAGCAAAAACCAAGCCAUGAGGUCGAAGGAAUUGUCCGUAGAGCUCUCCGAGACAGGAUUGUGUCGAGGCACAGAUCUGGGGAAGGGUACCAAAAAAUGUCUGCAGCAUUGAAGGUCCCCAAGAACACAGUGGCCCCCAUCAUUCUUAAAUGGAAGAAGUUUGGAACCACCAAGACUCUUCCUAGAGCUGGCCGCCCGGCCUAACUGAGAAAUCGGGGGAGAAGGACCUUGGUCAGGGAGGUGACCAAGAACCCGAUGGUCACUCUGACAGAGCUCUAGAGUUCCUCUGUGGAGAUGGGAGAACCUUCCAGAAGGACAACCAUCUCUGCAGCACUCCACCAAUCAGGCCUUUAUGGUAGAGUGGCCAGACAUUUACAUUUACGUCAUUUAGCAGACGCUCUUAUCCAGAGCGACUUACAAAUUGGUGCAUUCACCUUAUAGCCAGUGGGAUAACCACUUUACAAUGUUUUUUUGGGGGGGGUUAGAAGGAUUACUUUAUCCUAUCCCAGGUAUUCCUUAAAGAGGUGGGGUUUCAAGUGUCUCCGGAAGGUGGUGAGUGACUCCGCUGUCCUGGCGUCGUGAGGGAGCUUGUUCCACCAUUUGGGUGCCAGAGCAGCGAACAGUUUUGACUGGGCUGAGCGGGAACUGUGCUUCCGCAGAGGUAGGGGGGCCAGCAGGCCAGAGGUGGAUGAACGCAAUGCCCUCGUUUGGGUGUAGGGACUGAUCAGAGCCGUUCCCCUCACAGCUCCGUAGGCAAGCACCAUGGUCUUGUAGCAGAUGCGAGCUUCAACUGGAAGCCAGUGGAGUGUGCGGAGGAGCGGGGUGACGUGAGAGAACUUGUGAAGGUUGAACACCAGACGGGCUGCGGCAUUCUGGAUGAGUUGUAGGGGUUUAAUGGCACAGGCAGGGAGCCCAGCCAACAGCGAGUUGCAGUAAUCCAGACGGGAGAUGACAAGUGCCUGGAUUAGGACCUGUGCCGCUUCCUGUGUAAGGCAGGGUCGUACUCUCCGAAUGUUGUAGAGCAUGAACCUGCAGGAUCGGGUCACCGCCUUGAUGUUAGUGGAGAACGACAGGGUGUUGUCCAGGGUCACGCCAAGGCUCUUCGCACUCCGGGAGGAGGACACAACGGAGUUGUCAACCGUGAUGGCGAGAUCAUGGAACGGGCAGUCCUUCCCCGGGAGGAAGAGCAGCUCCGUCUUGCCAAGGUUCAGCUUGAGGUGGUGAUCCGUCAUCCACACUGAUAUGUCUGCCAGACAUGCAGAGAUGCGAUUCGCCACCUGGUUAUCAGAAGGGGGAAAGGAGAAGAUUAGUUGUGUGUUGUCUGCGUAGCAAUGAUAGGAGAGGCCAUGUGAGGAUAUGACAGAGCCAAGUGACUUGGUGUAUAGCGAGAAUAGGAGAGGGCCUAGAACUGAGCCCUGGGGGACACCAGUGGUGAGAGCACGUGGUGCGGAGACAGCCCUUCGCCACGCCACUUGGUAGGAGCGACCGGUCAGGUAGGACGCAAUCCAAGAGUGAGCCGCGCCGGAGAUGCCCAGCUCGGAGAGGGUGGAGAGGAGGAUCUGAUGGUUCACAGUAUCAAAGGCAGCAGACAGGUCUAGAAGUACAAGAGCAGAGGAGAGAGAGUUAGCUUUAGCAGUGCGGAGAGCCUCCGUGACACAGAGAAGAGCAGUCUCAGUUGAAUGACCAGUCUUGAAACCUGACUGGUUUGGAUCAAGAAGGUCAUUCUGAGAGAGAUAGCAAGAGAGUUGGCUAAAGACGGCACGCUCAAGAGUUUUGGCGAGAAAAGAAAGAAGGGAUACUGGUCUGUAGUUGUUGACAUCAGAGGGAUCGAGUGUUGGUUUUUUGAGAAGGGGUACAACUCUCGCUCUCUUGAAGACGGAAGGGACAUAGCCAGCGGUCAAGGAUGAGUUGAUGAGCGUGAGGUAAGGGAGAAGGUCACCGUAGAUGGUCUGGAGAAGAGAGGAGGGGAUAGGGUCAAGCGGGCAGGUUGUUGGGCGGCCGGCCGUCACAAGUCGCAAGAUUUUAUCUGGAGAGAGAGGGGAGAAAGAAGUCAAAGCAUAGGGUAGGGCAGUGUGAGCAGGACAAGCAGUGUCAUUAGACUUAACAAACGAGGAUCGGAUGUCGUCAACCUUCUUUUCAAAAUGGUUGACGAAGUCAUCCACAGAGAGGGAGAAGGGGGGGGGGGAUUCAGCAGGGAGGAGAAGGUGGCAAAGAUCUUCCUAGGGUUAGAGGUAGAUGCUUGGAAUUUAGAGUGGACAGACAGAAGCCAUCCUCAGUAAAAGGCACAUGACAGCCCGCUUGGAGUUUGCCAAAAGGCACCUAAAGACUCUGACAAUGAGAAACAAGAUUCUCUGGUCUGAUGAAACCAAGAUUGAACUCUUUGGCCUGAAUGCCAAGCGUCACGUCUGGAGGAAACCUGGCACCAUCCCUACACAGCCAAGACAACGCAGGAGUGGCUUCGGGACAAGUCUCUGAAUGUCCUUGAGUGGCCCAGCCAGAGCCCGGACUUGAACUCGAUCGAACAUCUCUGGAGAGACCUGAAAAUAGCUGUGCAGCGACGCUCCCCAUUCAACCUGACAGAGUUUGAGAGGGUGUGCAGAGAAGAAUGGGGAAAAACUUCCCAAAUACAGGUGUGCCAAGCUUGUAGCGUCAUACCCAAGAAGACUCGAUGCUGUAAUCGCUGCCAAAGGUGCUUCAACAAAGUACUGAGUAAAGUGUCUGAAUACUUAUGUAAAUGUGAUAUUUCAGUUUAUUAUUUUUUAUAAAUUAGCAAAAAUGUCUAAAAGCUGUUUUUGCUUUGUCAUUAUGGGGCAUUGUGUGUAGAUUAAUGAGGGAAAAAAAACUAUUUAAUACAUUUUUGAAUAAGGUUGUAACGUAAGAAAAUGUGGAAAAAGUCAAGGUGUCUGAAUACUUUACGAAGGCCCUGUAUAUACACAGAUUCACAGACACACACACUGCCCCUCGUUAGGAAAAUCAAUUACUUUAGCCGGGAUACAAGCAUACAAACACACAAUUUGACUUCUGCUUGUUUUGAGUGGAAAAGUUUGCCUUUGCUGAUGUUCAUCCUGGAUGAAGGACAGAAAUAGAAGUUGAGGCUAAACAGAAUGUCACAUGGCUCUCUUAAUGGUCUGCCAAGUCAGGAAAGGAAGUGGUUUGUGCCUUAAGGGGCAUUUUAAAGGCUAGUAAAGCCAUCCACACUGUGACUGUGCAGUGGGCACCUCUGACUGUCACUGCCCGAUCCCUAAUGUCAGGAAAGAGAAGUAAUGAAAUCUAUUGAGUAAUUAUAUUGGCUAAUCUAAAUAUAAUCUCUAAAUAUAUAUAUAUAUGUAUUAUUAACUCUAUCAUGUGCCAUUAACUGCAUGAGAUUGAGUCCUUUUGAGAUGACGCAUUGAUCUCACAUGCAAUGUUCUAAAGACAGUCAUUGUGUCUUUGUUUCUGUUGGCACAGAUGACCUGCCCUACUUGAAGUGUCCCCUCCACACGGUUCUAAAGCUCACCCCCAUGGCUUAUGGUAGGAUAUCUCAUCCAAGACUACCCUGUGUCAGUCUCAGACACAACAACUUUCUCUCUCCUCCCUCUCUCUCAGGUUAACAUUGACUGUUAUUUUCUCUCUCUCUCUCGCUUUUCUCUCUGUUGUUGUUGGUUUUUCUCGGCCAGGUUGUAAAGUGGACACGUUUGACCUCAAAGUGGAGGCUGUGAACACUCACCGGGACAGGCCAUUAGUGAGUUGCUCUCCUUGCCAAAUCUCUGUUCAAUCUACUGUGCGUUCUACUUAAUUUCAUAGGUUCAUAUACUGUAUCCCUCUCUUAACGGUAACGCAUGUGGUCAUGUUUUAGUACAGUAAACGGCCGAGUCAUAACAAACUGGCUGAUCUGGGAAGUUGUCGUUGGAAGAGUUCUAGGUAGUAGUGAGUCAAUCCUCAGAAUAUGAAGUUACAGUGGCUUGCGAAAGUAUUCACCCCCCUUGGCAUUUUUCCUAUUAGGGGUUUGUAUCAUUUGAUUUACACAACAUGCCUACCACUUUGAAGAUGCAAAAUAAAAAGAACUUGAGCGUGCAUAACUAUUCACCCCCCCAAAGUCAAUACUUUGUAGAGCCACCUUUUGCAGCAAUUACAGCUGCAAGUCUCUUGGGGUAUGUCUCUAUAAGCUUGGCACAUCUAGCCACUGGGAUUUUUGCCCAUUCUUCAAGGCAAAACUGCUCCAGCUACUUCAAGUUGGAUGGGUUCCGCUGGUGUACAGCAAUCUUUAAGUCAUACCACAUAUUCUCAAUUGGAUUGAGGUCUGGACUUUGACUAGGCCAUUCCAAGACAUUUAAAUAUUUCCCCAUAAACCACUCAAGUGUUGCUUUAGCAGUAUGCUUAGGGUCAUUGUCCUGCUGGAAGGUGAACCUCCGUCCCAGGCUCAAAUCUCUGGAAGACUGAGACAGGUUUCCCUCAAGAACUUCCCUGUAUUUAGCGCCAUCCAUCAUUCUUUCAAUUCUGACCAGUUUCCCAGUCCCUGCCGAUGAAAAAACAUGGUGUUCUCGGGGUGAUGAAAGGUGUUGGGUUUGCGCCAGACAGUGCGAUGGCCAAAAGGCUCAAUUUCUGUCUCAUCUGACCAGAAUACCUUCUUCCAUAUGUUUGGGGAGUCUCCCACAUGCCUUUUGGCGAACACCAAACGUGUUUGCUUAUUUUUUUCUUUAAGCAAUGGCUUUUUUCUGGCCACUCUUCAGUAAAGCCCAGCUCUGUGGAGUGUAUGGCUUAAAGUGGUCCUAUGGACAGAUACUCCAAUCUCCGCUGUGGAGCUUUUCAGCUCCUUCAGGGUUAUCUUUGGUCUCUUUGUUGCCUCUGAUUAAUGCCCUCCUUGCCUGGUCCGUGAGUUUUGGUGGGCAGCCCUCUGGCAGGUUUGUUGGGGUGCCAUAUUCUUUCAAUUUUUUUAAUAAUGGAUUUAAUGGUGCUCUGUGGGAUGUUCAAAGUUUCUGAUAUGUUUUUAUAACCCAACCCUGAUCUUUACUUCUCCACAACUUUGUCCCUGACCUGUUUGGAGAGCUCCUUAGACUUCAUGGUGCCGCUUGCUGCUUGGUGGUGCCCCUUGCUUAAAGGUGACUGGGGCCUUUCAGAACAGGUGUGUAUAUAUACUAAGAUCAUGUGACAGAUCAUGUGAUACUUGGAUUGCACACAGGUGGACUUUAUUUAACUAAUUAUGUGACUUCUGAAGGUAAUUGGAUGCACAGAUCUUAUUUAGGGACUUCAGAGCAAAGGGGGUGAAUACAUAUGCACGCACCACCUUUCCGUUAUUUAUUUUGUAGACAUUUUUGGACUAUUUUGUGUAUGUCCAUUACAUGAAAUCCAAAUAAAAAUCCAUUUAAAUUACAGGUUGUAAUGCAACAAAAUAGGAAAAACGCCAAGGGGGAUGAAUACUUUUGCAAGGCACUGUAUAUACAAAAUAGUGUGAGAAAUUGCUCCAAAAAAAAGACCAGAGUACAGUUUCCACCCUCAACAAUACAAAGGGCCUAUUUUAUGUAAUUUCUUCUAAUUUGGAGAUCUGCUCUGCUUAUACAGUACAGUAUGUAGUUCUGGUAUGAACAGGCCACACAGUGUCUCAGUGCUGUCCCCAGUACACUGUGUUUACCAGAUGUCCCUUGUGGUGUGGGCGUCACACUCAUAAACAUGACCAGUGACCACACUGCCUUUUACUGAGCGUAGCCCUGCUAACAUGUCUGGGAAAGGAACCGCGACACCGCCUUCAAUAUUCUGUUGUUUGUUCAAGCUGUAUUGUUUUCACAAGAUGUGUAGCAUGCAAGACGCGCACACACACAGUGAAACUUUAUUUAUCUCUGAUUCUAAUGCUCCUUCUCUUUCCUCCAUCCUCUCUAUCCAGGAUAAAGUUCGUAAUGACGUCGUUCCCAACACAUUCCUCCGGAGGAACAGUUUCACCCCUCUGUCCAGUCACGACCAGGUGAAGCGUCCGCGCCUCUACAGCGCUGGCAACCCAUCUCAAUCUCGACGGCCCCUGGCCCCCUUUAUACCCAGCAUGCAGUCCUUCGAGGACCCUGAGGGAGCAGAGUUGACACAAAACCAAGUUAGUGUUGUCUUUCUGCAUGAAUGAUGUCUCUCUCUCUCUUCACAUGUUUUUAUGAUGUUACUUGUGUCCUUAAACUGAAUUUUCUAAAAACAGCAACUUAUAAAAACAGAGUAAGUUGUGUCUUGUGAUUGACCUUACCCUCCUCUGUCUGAGCUCAAGUGUAGUAGAGGCCAGUCAAAACAAACUGUAUGGUGACGGCGCCCGGCCUUGGCACAGCUUAGCAUGAGGUAACACUGUCUCUCCCUCCUUCUGCCUCCUGAAGGAGUCUCUCAACUGCUUCAGCCCAGGAGACUCAGAAGAUGCUGUUCGC